GAGGAGAGAGAGAGAAAGAGAGAGAGAGAGAGAGACAGAGAGAGAGAGUGGGAGAGAGAGAGACUGAUCACAGAGUCUGCAGCCCCCAGCCUUCCCUCUGCUGCUGCUGCUGCUGCUGCUGCUGCUGCUGCUGCUGCUGCUGCUGCUGCUACAGUACGUGUGAGAGGCAGAAUCGGGAGAGAGGCGGCAGAGGCUGAGCUGGUGGUGGUGUCUUCCCAGACUCAGAGGGGAAGAGGAGAGCGCUGCGAGCUGUGCGGUGCAGAGCCAGUCCUCUGGUAUGUGUCCACUGUGAUUGACUCCAGUCCAGUCCCUGCGCACACCAGGACUCUGACAGCAGCCACACAAACAGGAAUACCUGUGUCCACUGAAGCGGUUUGUGUAGAGGAGCAUGUUGUGACAGCCAUGUCUCUGGAGAUGGAAAAGACCAUCACCAAGCUGAUGUACGACUUCCAGAGGAACUCCACCUCUGAUGAUGACUCUGGAUGUGCACUGGAGGAAUACGUCUGGGUUCCCCCCGGCCUCAGUCCUGAGCAGGUGCAUCAGUAUUAUAACUCCUUACCUGAAGAGAAGGUCCCCUAUAUAAACAGCCCUGGAGAGCAGUAUCGCAUCAAACAACUGCUCCACCAGUUGCCACCACAUGACAACGAGGUGCGUUAUUGUAACGUGUUGGAUGAGGAGGAGAAGCGAGAGCUCAAGCUGUUCAGCAACCAACGGAAGAAGGACAACUUAGGACGAGGCAGCGUCCGUCCUUUCCCUCUCAAUGUAAACGGGGCCAUUUGUGACAAGUGCGGCGGUCAAAUAAAUGGUGGGGACAUCGUGGUUUUCGCUGCGAGGGCGGGUCACGGAAAAUGCUGGCACCCUCAUUGCUUUGUCUGCGGCAUGUGCGAGGAACUGUUGGUGGAUCUCAUCUACUUCUACCAGGAUGGCAAGAUCUACUGUGGCCGGCACCACGCCGAGAGGCUGAAACCCCGCUGCUGUGCCUGUGAUGAGAUCAUAUUUGCCGAUGAAUGCACUGAAGCAGAGGGCAGGCACUGGCACAUGAAGCACUUCCGCUGCUACGAGUGCGAGACCACCCUCGGCGGCCAGCGCUACAUCAUGAAGGACGGACGGCCACACUGCUGCAACUGCUUCGAGUCCCUCUACGCAGAGUACUGCGACGCAUGUGGAGAACACAUAGGUAUUGACCAGGGUCAGAUGACGUAUGAUGGGCAGCACUGGCACGCAACUGAGGAAUGUUUCUGCUGUGCCCGUUGCAAGCGCUCCCUGCUGGGCCGUCCCUUCCUGCCAAAGCAGGGGCAGAUCUUCUGCUCACGGUCCUGCAGUGCUGGGCAGGAUCCAGAUGAGUCUGACUCCUCCGACUCGGCCUUUCAAAGCGCCCGUUCCCGUGAAUCCCGCCACAGCACCAAGAUUGGGAAGAAGGAGCGCAGGAAUGCUGAGCAGGAGCGGCGGAAUGCUGAGGCCCGCCAGUCAGCUCCUCCACCGAUGCCUGACCGUCUGUCCGCUGAAGGUGAAUCCCUCUCUGUACAGAUGGACCGCCUAAGCCUCUCAUCAAGCCAGACCCCGAGCAGGACACCUAACCGUACGCCAAGCCGUACUCCGAGCCGUGCCCCGAGCCUUAACCAGGUAUGGAUGAGCCGGGAUGACCCCUACGUCCCUGGUGCCUAUGAGGGCCCUCAGCUGGAGCCCUCUCCGACACCGGCACCCAUACAUUUGCUGGCUCAGUGUAACCUCAGGCAGGGCUACAAUCCCAACGCAAAUGCUCAUCCUCCAGCUCAGACUCCUGCCAACCCAGUGAAGAGGCCUGAUUCCUGGGGGAAGGAGCAAGGCAACGCCAAGAGGACCCCUAUGGCCGCUCUGAGGGGCCACUCCUUCAAUGAGAACUGGAACCACCACAGCCAGGAUGAGUUCAGGCCCAACAAGCUGCGCACUCAGAUGAGCUUCAAUGAGAUGUCCAGCCAGAACCAGGGUUUCUCUGACAAGAGGAGCAUCAGCCUGCAUGGAUUCCAGAGAGACGGCAGACCCCCGCUAACCAGGAGGAACCCUCUCAGUGCCAUGAGCUUCAAUGAGCCCCUCACCCCUCUGGAACAGACUCCUCGUGGGUCCAUGGACUCCCUCAAUAUGUCCAAUGCUACAGCAGGUAACUCUCUGGACGGGGGCAGUAAGCGCCAGGAGCAUCUUUCUAGGUUCUCCAUGCCUGACCUGAGUAAAGACUCAGGGGUGAAUGUGUCUGAGAAGAGCAACAUGGGCACCCUCAGUUCCUCAGUCCAGUUCCACAGCACAGAGUCGCUGUCCUCCUCUCGCCCCUUCAACAAUAAUAACAUGUACACUCCACCGAGAGUGGGCUACCCGCUGCAGUACUGGGAUGGCCCGCAGCCACUGGGCUUCGACAGCAAAGGUCGUGUUGGCGUAAUGGGAAGCAGCGGAAACCUGCGGAUGGCUCCCAUGAGCGACCGGAUGCCUCGCCGACGCAUCACCACGCAGGAAUCCGUGUCACAGCCACAGCAGCCACAACCCCGACGCCGCAAGCACCACCGUGGAAAUCACGGUAAUGGGCAGCACCGCAGCGGCCGCCACCACAAACGCUCUCGCCGCUCUCGCUCCGAUAAUGCCCUGCACCUGGUGGCAGACCGGCCCGCUCAAAUGGUAGAGCUGCCCUACCGCCGCGUCCAGGAGGAUUACGAUCGCUUCCCCUCCGGUAACGCUGCUCGGGAGUUGUUCGGCCUGGAUGCCGCCGGGUAUAGACAGCAGCCCCACCGGCCCUGCCCCCGCACCACGUCUGAUCUCACCCUGCAGAAUGCUGGCUGGCAACCUGUGGGACUGGGUGGGCCAUGCUGGGGCGACGGGUACAUGGAGGCUGCUGACCCCUGGUGCUCCAGCUGCUCCUCUUCCUCCGAGUCAGAGGGAGAUGACGGUUAUUUCCUGGGCGAAUCAAUCCCUCGGCCCGUGCAGCUUUGCUACAUAAACAACGAGGAGCUGCGCCAUCGCUACAGCCCCUCUGGGAUAGCUGGCCAUCACGGACCUCUGCACGGACCGAUUCAUGGCCAGCUGCACACCCGCCAGAGGAGGAAGAGCAAAAACUGCAUAAUUUCCUAGAUUUAGAGCAAAGAGAUGGUGAGGGAUGAGCAGGAGAGUGAGAGAGAGAUGAGAGAGAGAGAGAUGAGAGAGAGGUAAGGAGACAGCAGUUAAAGCAGCAGAGAGGUGGAACAGAGGGAGUGGGAAGGUGAGAGUGAGACGGUUGACAGUGAGAGCGAAUAGUGUGUUUGUGUGCAUGAGAUUAUGUACGUGUGCGCGUGUGUGUGUGUAAGUGAGUGUGUGUUGGGGUUGAAGAGAGAAAAGGCCUAUUUUUUGUGCUUGUUAGCUUACACAACUCUACACCGGGUAGUGUUUGUGUACACCUACACAGAAUGAUCUAAUCAUAAGAGGAAGCUCAGCUGGCUUACACAACAGAAAUGUUUACAAUGACAUGAGAUCAACUCCUCUAAUGGUACCAGGAAGAAGCGCUGAUGAAAUCUGACUACUAAAUAAACCGCGGUCGAGGUAAAUAACACGAUGUAUGUGGCGUGUCCGUGCUUGUCCAUGUUUCCGAGAGAAGUCGGAUAAAUUCCUCCACAGUUUGAAAAAAAGGGGGGAACUGGUUUCAAACUGCGGUGAUCUGACUGUUCGUGUCCCGGCUCAGUGAUCCAAGCCCCCGGGCAGUAAAAACUUAUUCUGUGUGGACAAAAAACCCCGAAAAAUCGUGUUGGGAUUAGUGAAAGUUACGUGCUAGAUUCCAAGCUAUGUCAUUGUUUACCUCAGUGGAAUCCAAAUGCUGCUGGAAUAUAGUGUUGGCUCGCUAGCCCCGUUAUCACCUUGUACAAAUAGUCUGUUGAACUUUGUGCUCUACAUAGCCGGCUCUCCAUGCUUUACCAAGGACAGAGCGCCAGACAAGCCCUCUGCUCCUUGACCAUUCAGGCACAGUAACGUCAGGUAUGGUCCCGUUUUAUCUUCUGCAACAUGCUUUGUUUUUUGAGAGUUUACCUAUAGAUAAGUAAGAGUAAGGAUAAUAAUAGUAAUAAUGAUGACAAUGAUAAUAAUAAUGGCAACAAUAAUAAUAAUAAUGCAAAUAAUAAUCAUGAUGAUAUUAAAGAACAAUACCUGUUAAAUGUAUAUAUAGUAAUACACUUAAUAAAAUGAUGGAUGUAGUAAUGUAAAUGUUCUGUACAUAUGGUCUUAAAUAUUUAUAUAUUUUGUAACUAAAGAAUAAUUAUUUGUAUAACAUGAUGUAGAGGUAGGGAGACUUGCAUGUUAAUUUAUUGUUGUUGUCUCAUACUGAAAAAUAAAGUGUACUUCAAUGAACAACCAGCAAGUUGUAUCUAUAAGUUUUAUGCCUUCUCUGGUUAAUUUCCUCCGAUAGAUCAGCUUGAUGGAUACAUCAGCUGUGUCCCCCUGAUUCAUACUUCAUACUAUUUCUAAGUAGACGUGCAAAAAAGAAAAAAGCCAGAAUCCAGAAAUAUUAUGACUGAAGAUUCUCAGGAGCGUACAGCAUUUUGUUUAUAUGAGGUCAACAUAUGGACUCAAUGUGCUGUGGUCCAAAUAUAACCUAUAUUUUGCAGGAUCUGGGAUGACAUGAACUCCAGAUUCCAGUGGUAUAAAAGAGUUGGAUGUUCUCUGAACCUGAUAUUAUAUUUGGAUCAUAUCAGCCAAUAAUAUCUCUGGAUUUGUUUUUUUUGUUUUGUUUUUUUUGCACAGUAUGAAGUGACACAAAGAAAGUAAAGCCACCGUUACUUUUUUUUUCACUGAGACAUUUGGACGAUGAGCACAUUGUUUUAUUUAACACAGCGUCUCAGCUAGAUUUUGGAAUGGUACGUACAAGUUUCCUGCCGUUUGCUGGAAAAUGUGGCAAAAAUGUCCCACAAUGCAAUGCACAAGGAAAAUGGAGGAGCUGCGUUUACAAAUUACAGCUGAGGCUGAUGGGAAUCUAUGGCGACCAUCGUUACCUGUGUCACAGUGGUGGUAUGAAAGGCUACUCUGGCUAUAACAUGUAUUGUUUUUUCUUUGAGAACCAGAAAUGUUGGUGUUUUCCAAAUCAACCAUUUGAUUGACAUUAGUUGGUACACAUUUGUAUAAUUUCCUGGUGAAUGUUGAUAUUAUAUGUAUACUUAAGGCAAAAUAUGGUAUACUGUUACAAAUAGUUUAGAGCAGAUACUGUAUACAUAUACAUUAUAGUAUGGAUUGUGGACAUGGAAGUCAUCUUCCUGCUAAUGCUAACCAAUCAUCAAACUAGAGUCUGACAGAAACUGGCAUUAAAAACAGGCAGAAAAAUAAAUGUUAUUGAUAUUUUAUCCAGUAUUUGUGUCUUAACAUAAACACAAGUAUUUUCCUAGGAAUAGGUAAGAUUUGUCAAUUUAAAAGUGAACUCCAGUGACUGAGCAUUUCAAGAUGAGAGACUCAGAUCGACCAAUAAUGGUCCAAAUUGAGGCAGCAGAGGCAAAGACAUUCUAGCCAUUCGUCCCUGGCAUUGGUCAAGCUCCAAAAAACACUGGGUCUGACAAUUUCCAUAAUGCAACUGGGUAGCGUCUUUCAUUUGAGCCUUCAUGCUUGGUUUACACUGCUCUUUCUCUUCACACCUCCAGCUUCCUUAAGUCUCCAAGUCUGAGCUGAAACAAGGGGAGCUGAGGUUAUUUUUUUUUUUUUUCAGGCUGUCCUUGUGAUGAGUAAAAUGAACUUCAUGUGUAUAAAACAUUGCCCCCUUUAAAGGUCCAGCGUGUAGGAUUUAGGGCAGAAACUGACUAAUAAUGCUGAUUAUCACAACUGUGUUUUUCAUUGGACGGAGCAGGUCCUCUUUCCAAAACGGACAAAUCAAACACCACCUCUAGAGGGAGAUUUUUGUGUUUAUUUCCAUUUUCAGUGGACUUGGUAGUGGAGGGUGAGGCGAGGGGUAUUCAGUUGGUUGCAAUCUGCAAUUUCACCACCAAAUGCCAAUUCAUCCUACACACUGGACCUUUAGAAAACUUUGACCAUGAUCUGUACAGAGCAUGACUUUUUAGGGUUGGAAAAUAAACUUGUCAGUCUGGUGAAUAACUUCAAA